CGUAUUUUGUAGAAAAUCUAAUUUUUGACAUUUAUUUUCAUUGUCUUAGAUAAGACACAAUUAUAAAUCGUCAUUCGAAUAAAAUCACUAAAAACGGUAUCUAAUGUUCAAAAUGACGUCACUGAUCACACACACACACACAAUAAUGGCGGACGAUGCACAUAUGUCGCACACGGUUAAUAUACAUGGAAUACAUAAUCAAAUAAUGUAGAGCUGAACGCGAUUCUUCGCAUCGACCGAUCCUAUUUCGCUUGCGAAGAGCGGAAAUAUGAGAUACGAGAUUUCAGUAUUUAUACUAUGUCGUAUUGAAUCGCCUCGUCGUAGAACGGAUUCUUCCAAUUUACGCUCUUGCUGUCACCAAUCUCGAGCCGUGUCCACGUAAACAUCGUGUCUGCUCGAUCGCUACGGAAAAAUUCUGAUUCCACACGUUAUCGCGCUUAUCACACUAACCGCAGUUUCCGAUACACGCCAGGAUGUUCAAGAAAUUCAAGGACAAAUUAGCGGAGGAGAUGAAGCAGUCGCCCGCUAGAUUACAGGCGAGCGUACAACAAUUAGCACAGGCUGUGGUAUCGCCAGCACUAUCCAACAGCUCCAUUCAAGAAGUGUCAGCGUCAAGUGACAAUUUCAGUUUGACAGAAGAUGGAGAUGAAACACCAAAGAACACUCCAGCAAAACACAGUUUCCAAAAUGUUGACCUAAUGUCCCCAUCUUCGAAUCGCGUGGAGUUCUCAAGAAGAUCUUCAGUGAGCAGUGUCACUAGUGAUGCAUCCUCAUUGUUUCCAAUGUAUGAAAGUCCUUCGAAUUUAUAUCACUUACAGUCAGAUAUGGAUCAAUCUGCCAGCGAAGUGGAUGAUAAUAUUAGUCCACAUCUUGAUAAAGUUACAAAGGAUCAAUUAUAUUCCGCUUAUCGAAAGGUACAAGCAAAAUAUCAAAAAUAUCGCGGUAGAUAUACUGAUCUAGCCACGCAUUAUCGCGAGUUGGACAGAGUAAAAAGCAGGCUGGAAUCUGUAUUAGUUGAAACACAAGACAAAGUUCUAAGAAGAAUAACUGAUUUAAAAGAACAAUGUCAAUUAGAGCAACAAGCGAAAGCGCAUUUGGAAGAGGCACUGAGAAAUGAUAUAGAAGAAAAGGAUCACAUUAUAAAUACGUUAAAUACAAAAGUAAAAUUAUUACAAGCAAGCGGACCAACUUUAGAUAAUUCAGUAUCGGAAGAAGGAAAGGAAAAUUCUAAAAACAACCUAAUUGAUCUGACCAAUGAGCCGUCUAAUGAGGAUGAGAAUAACGCUUUGUUAGCAGAAAAUACUCUGUUAAAGGAUAAGUUAAAAAAAUUGGAAAAUCUUGUUUUGAAAUAUAAGGAAUCUUUGAAGCGUAAUAAGGAAAAGUUUACUGAAGUGAUGAAGGAGAAGAACACUUUGGAGAACGAUUAUGCGGCGCUAAAAAAUUCCACUGCCGAGCAAAUAAGUACUAUAAAAGUUGAAUUGACUACGGCGCAUACCGAGAUCGAGAAACUAACGGAACAAGUGAAUAUUUUGCACAAACGCGAGGAGGAAUCGGCGAUUUCAUUAGCCGAGAAUAAACUUUCGGUUCACAGGGAACUCGAAGAGAAGGAGGAACAAAUAAAACAGCUACAAAUCGAUCUGAAACAUACUAUCGAAGAUAGAGAGAACUUAAAUGAAGCAAUAGUGAAAUAUAAAACUGAAUUGAGUAAAUUGAAAGCUUUACAUGUUACAAAUAUAGCUGCAGAUAAGGAUACGACGGCACAUGAUGCUAAGGAAAAAAUCGAAGCAGUGAGAUCUAUGCAACAGGCGCCUAUAAGACGCGAAGAAGUCGAUCAUGACGAAGAGACGCGAUCGGAAAAGGAUAAGAAUACAUUGGAGGAAUUAACGCUUCGUUUAAAGGAAAAGGAAAUAGAACUUCAAGAAUUGCAGCGUAAAUUAGAUGAACUGAAAAAACAAAAUGUCGAGUAUAAACACGAUAAGGAAGCGCUGCAGGCCCAGUUGACAGUAUAUAAAGAAACAUAUUCGGAACUAAAGGAUGAAUACAAUGCGCAAAAAAUUAUCAUGGAAGAGAAACAGAAAGACGCCGAUUCGACAAUCGAGAAACUUCAGGCCACGGUACAAAGCGUUGACAAGGAAUUGGAAAACAUGAGGAAUGCAUUGAUCGAUAGAGAUCAUGUUUGCGAGAAUUACAAUAAGAAGAUACAACAAUACACAGCCAUGCUCGAAAAGACUAAACAUAAACUGACAGAACAAGAGGCACAGGUAAAAUCUCUUAAAGAAAAAUUGGAGGACAGGACGGAACUCUCCGAGAUGCAAAAAGAAUUGGAGAAUAAGAAGAUAGAAUUAAAUGAAGUACGCAAUGAGCUCGAAUGUUGCAAAUCCACAAUCGACGAUCUUAAAAAUAAAGUCCAAACGGACAAUUCGGCUUUAAGUUUAUUGAAAAAAGAAAGAAGCGAUUUGAUAAAUCGUCUUGUUUAUUAUAAUGAUUGUAUGCAGCGUUUAAAGCAGGACUGCGUAAAUGUUAAAAGUGUUGUGAAAGAAGAAUUUUUAAGUCGAAAGGCCGAAAUAUCGAAUCUGCAUGCGAUACUUGCUGUGUCUUUUAUAAAGCUCGAAGAAGAAAAUGUGACACUCAAAUCCGAAGUGAAUGAUUUACAUUUGAAAAUAAAGCAAAUAGAACAACUCACAUCUAAAGAGAUAGAACUGCAAUCUGAAUUGACACAAGCUGUGAAUCUCAAAUCCAUGUUAGAAGUAGAACUGAGACAAACCAAUGAACAAUUGAAAGAAAUGACAUUGAAGAGCGAUCAGUAUGAUGAGCUGAAAAUAAUGAAUAAUAAAUUAACAGCUGAAAUUGAUAAUCUUACUUCUAAAAUACACGAUUUGGAAAAGGACUCGCAUAAGUUGAUGCAAUCACAACAAGAAAUCAAGACUUUGCAUGAACAGCUGAGAGCGUUAGAAAACCUUGAGUCUGUAAAUCACGCGUUAUCGGUCGAGAUUGAUGAUUUAAGAGAGAAGCACACACAAGCCAGUCAUAUCUUUAAAGAAGUGGACGAAUUAAAUGUCAUGUUACGUGAGGCUACCGAUGUCAUUAACUCAUUGAAGUCGGAAAGCAGCGAUAAGGAUGCGCUUCGAGAAGAAUUAUCCGCAACGAGAUUGGAAAUUGCUCGCUUGAAGGACAACCUGGCUGAGAAAGAAGAUGAAAUAAAGAAACGCGAUGAGAGGCUAGCGAACGAAGAAGAGCGUAUCGCGCUUUUACAAUCUACGUGCGAUGCUCAUGCACAGAAAAUCGAGGAAUCUAUGAGGGAUUAUCUAAGUUUGAAGGCGGAAUAUCAAGAAGCGAACGAGAAUCACGCGAAAGAAAUUGCCGAAUUAAUGGAAAAUAAUAAAGAGCUACAAGAAACGAUUAAUGUCAAGCUUGUACAAUUAAAAAAGAUGAAAAUGAUCAAAGAACGACAAAAUAAAACGAUCGAAGACACGAACGCCGAACUUGACAAACUUAAGACCACGCACGCAGAAUUAUCCAAUGUGCUGGAAACUUCUGAGAAACAAAUAGAAAUGCUGAAACAGGAAAAUGCUCAGCUCGCAAGGAUUACUUUGGAGAAUAAAGAUUUGAAGGAUAAACAUAACGAUCUUUUAAAUCGCAAUCAAAAACUUUGCGAAAAUGAGGAGGUUUUGAAGCAAAAAAUCGGAGAAUACGAAAGAAGUAUUGAAGAUUUACAGAAAGCAGUUAAAAUUUCUAUGGAAUUCUGUGAAAAAUAUAAAUUUCAAUUAGAUAGUCAGAACGAAGAAAUGGAACGAAUUGAAAUUAAAUUAAAUUCAUUAAGCGAAAGAUUAGCGAUGAGUGAGAGAAAAUUGCAAAAAGUUGGAAAGAUACUUGAUGAACGGAACAACGAGUUGCAUGAUAAGGCCUCUAAAUUAAAUGCAGCUGUAACAAAUGGUAAUAUUUUAAAAGCAGAGAAAGAACAACUUCUUGAAGAGGUAAAAUUACUGCGAGAUGAAGUUGCAAGAAUUAAAGACGUAGAAGAUAAGAACAUGAAGCUGAAAUCGGAACUUAAUGAUUUUAUCAAAAAGAAUUCGGACACAGAGAUGAUACGUUCAGAAUAUAAUAAAUUGAUUGCCGAGCAAGCGGCCUUAAAAGAUAGAAUAAUCGAAUUAGAAGAUUUAAACUCUCAUAACGUAGAGUUAAAAACAAAUUUGAAUAAUUUACAAUCUAGCUUAAAGGAUCUACGCAUAGAAAACAACAGAUUACAAUCAGAAUUGGACAGUUUACAAUCCGGGAAGAAUUCGUCGACGGAAUUAGACGCCUUAAAAAAUUUAUUGACGGAGAAAGAUGCGGAGAUAAGACUAUUAGAGGACAAAAAUUCCAACAUGUUGCAAGAGAUUGGAAACUUAAGGCAGUUUUCGCUGGAAAUCGACGAGAGAAGAAAGGAAGUUAAUACGCUGAGAAAUGUGAUCGCAUCGUUGGAAGAAAAAGUUGUUAGUCUACAGUCGGAAAUUAAUUCUGUCACUCGGACGAAUGAUGCAUUGCGGGAAGAAUUAGAAGUCGUUCGUAAUGAUACAAAGUGCCAGCUUGAUAACGAUAAAUUGCGUGAAGAAAAUAAGAGAUUGGAGGCGCAGCUCGAUGAAGCAUUGAUAACAUUCCAAGCGAAAGAAACGCAGAUGACACUAGUAAGUAAUGAACUGAAAGCGCAAAGUAAUCAAUUGAAAGAAGAGUUGAAGACCAACGAGGAAGAACAAGGUAUGAGGCUGAAGCAACUGGUCAAAGAAUUCCAAGCUCAAUUACACGAUAAAGAAGAAGAGCUCCAAGCCGCGUUGGAGAAACGUUUUGAUCGCCAACAGAAUUAUGAGUCGAAUCUUGUGCAACAAUAUAAAGAACAACUGAAAGACUGUCAAAUAGAAUUGACAGAGAAGUCCGAGCAACUCGAGAGUCUUGUUCUGGAGCAGAAAGAUGCAGUGGCGGAAAAGGGAAAGGAUAUCGAUCGCUUAGUGGAAACAAUCGCACAGCUUAAGAAGGAACACAGCAACGAAAUAAAAGAAUUGGAAAAAAAGUGGAAAGCCAUAGUGCAACAGAAGAUAGACAAUCUGCAAGGUAAACAUGAGGAGGAAUUAAAUGAAUUGACCAAGGAGUGGCAGAACGAAAGAAAGCUUGAUAUGCAAACCGAAGCAGUUUCUGAGGAAUUAGAGAGCACAUCGCGCGUGGCCAUGGCCGCGAUACAAACGAGCACCGGUUCGAUUCAUACGCUGCAACAGACCUUGACAUCUCAGAGACGAGAGAUCGCAGAGCUUAGGAAGUUAGUGAAACUCCGACAUGACACGUUGGACGAUUCUACAGAAAUUGAGUACCUUAGAAAUAUUCUAUUCGAAUACAUGAUGGGGAGGGAGACCAUGGUACUUGCCAGAGUGAUUGCCGCUGUUGUCAAGUUCGAUCAAGAACAAACCACGAAAAUACUUAAAAAGGAGGAGGAUAAACUGACUCUGUUUGGCUCGCUUGGUCUUUCAUAGUCCGAAAUGUACUUUUAUGUAUAGAGGUUCACAAAUGUUCCAUAGACAAUUGAUGCAAUUUCUAUAUUUCUAUAGGCCACUACUAACAUGGACAUCUUCAGUCUGAUAUAUAAGGAAGAAAGCAAGAGAAUUGUACAAAAUAGUUAAAAUAUAGAACUCUUAUAAAUUUUUUUAUAAAUAUUAAUUUAACAGAAUGUUAUAUAUACACGCGAUAAGGCUUAUAUAAUAUUAUACAAAUACAGAUGAUUUAUAAAAUGUGUCAUCCUGA